CAAAUGGACUUCAUCUUCAAGUCAAGAGCUGAAGAGGAAGACGAAAACAGCAGUUUAAAGUCAGGUCUAGGAGAAUUACUCUGUUGGUUAUCAUAUUUUCUACAGAAAGCAGAGAUGGGCUUGUGGAGCUGCAGCCUCUUUGUGCUGUUCUGUGUUAGUGGAGCUUUCAUCAGAGAGGUACAUCUGGCUACUAUAUCUGAUGUCGGGGAACACAAAGAAGAAAAUGACCCUUCCAUUAACAGUACUGAAAGACUAAAGACGGAUGAUCCAGACGAGGGCACAAAGUCGUUGGAUUGGUCCUAUAUGGCCGCGGGCCUCGGCACAGCCCUCACUAUCUCGCUCCUCAUCGUGAUGACCGUCAAGUUUCGUCUCUUCCAUCGCUUCUUGGCCAGCUACAGACAUUCUCUGCUCCAAGAAGCCGACGGGGUUAGCCAGUACGGUCAGGACGAGCUGCCCUACCCUCACAGUGUGAUGGGUAGAAUAAGAGAGGGGUCUGGGGGGGAUCCGAGGGGUUUGGAUGACGAUGAUGAUGGCUUCAUCGAGGAUAACUAUAUCCAGGCCAGUGAGAAACACAGGGCAGAGAGGGAGAGAGAGGAGGAGGAGGAGGAGGAAGGGAUAGAAGACAGCGACGAUGAUCUUCAGUUCACUAUAGCAUGAUUGGAUAGAGGGAGACUUCAUCAGAAAAGCGGCUUUACAACUCAGAUAAAGGACUCUAUAGAGAAGAUUUUGAUUGAAAGUCAGAAGUAUAGCUCUGAUUCGGAACCUUCCUAGCUCUUGACCUUUCAAAUUAAUCUAGGGAAGCACUAUGGCACGAGGAAAGUCAUUUUGGGCCCUUAUAUUAUCUUCUGACCUUCGAGGAGUACUGAGCCGAAAACUAAUAAAUGUCAAAACUGAAUGAGCCCCAUUUGCCUCAAAACUUCCAAAGCUGCAAUAACAAUUGGACUUGUGUACAAAAUCAGCACAUUUUAAUAGUAUGAUAUGAUGAUAGUUAUAACAAGACUGAACUAAAUUGAAGUUUUUGAAGGAUGUUACUGCCUUUCUUUGAGUUAAUUUGAGUAGUUGUAUCCAAAGGCUGGGUGCAGGAUUGCCAAUUCAGUGAAGCAAAAAAGAAGAGAUUAUAUGCACAGUGUAAUAUAUAACAUAAACCUUUAUUCUACUGGGACAGGCAUUGUUUUGACUGCACUGGGUCCACGUUGGACGUCAUCUUUGUUCAUCUUUUCAUAUACUAUAUACGUUGCCCUUUGUUGUGCAAGCUAUUCCUAAGACGAUCUGGUAAAUCAAAAUGUUACCUUUAAAUGAAUCUCCAUUUAUUUUCCUUGUAUGCAGAGAUCAAGUCCCAAUUAAAGCUGAAAAUUGUAAUGCUUUGAAAAUAAAUGUAUUGUUUGUAUAUCCUUUUCUAAACAGUUGGAAGCUGCUGUUUGUACUCUGCUUAUUAGUAAUUGUAAUACCACCUGCGAAUCACUUGUAGUGUUGUUAGUCAUUUAGUAAUCUUUUAUUCAUAUUGAAAGUAGGUGGGUGGUUGAUUAUAUGUUGGCAAUGAAUUAACAAAAAAGAGGUAAAACAACUUGACACUUUUUCAUUAGUUGUAUGUGCAGAAAGUUACAGAUUUAAUGUAAUUAGUAUCCAAUCUGUGUGUUAGGCAGGAACCUGCAUUCAUGUAAAAUAGCAACAAAUAUUUCUAUGCAUUUCUAUGUACAGUGUUGUCUAAAAUCAUUUACUGUAUGAAUAUAUUCUUUACAAUUCCAA